CGAAGCAGGUCAUCUCGAACCAAUGUCACAACAACAAAAAUAAAAUAAUAGAAUAGCCGAAAUAUGAAUCGCUUCGCCUACGUUGAGGCCCGUUUGAGUUCCAAUGAAACCUUCGUCAGCCGCGACAACAAGGUGAAAAUCUACGAUGGUGACCAAAAGACCGAAUUCGAAGAGGGCGAAAUAGUGCUCACAACCCACCGCCUCUUUUGGGGACGUCCUGGAGAAAUUGCCCGGGCUGCCGUCACCCUUUGCCUGCCACUCAGCUAUGUGAUAUCGCUAAGCGAGGAGACGACUGCCUCUAAUUUCUUUGGCCGCAAGACCCGGAUAAUCAUGCACCUCCGUCCGCCAGCGCCGGAUAAGGCACCUGGUCCACUGGACACCAGUCGCGCCACGCACAUCAAGUUGUCGGGCAAAAAUGGCCUGAGCGUUGAGUUUCACAGUGCCCUGCGGAAAACGCUGAAUGCCCGCGUCUGGGAGAUCCUCCUGACCAGCGAGACCACCGUCAACCGACUCGCGAGCAGUCCAACAUCGGAGGCUGUCAACGAUCGACUGGCCCGCAUCCAGAAAAGGACGGGCAUCGGCGGCAUUGAACGGCAUCUGGAGGCCAAGGCCAAGGCCACCGAUGAGAACAUAGCUCUGGCCUUUCAAGAUCUCAGCGUGUUGAUGGCCAUGGCCAAGGACAUGGUGGGUGUGUCCAAGACGAUCAGCAGCAAGAUACGCGAGCAGAAGGGCGAGAUAUCCGACGAUGAGACGGUGCGUUUCAAAUCCUACCUCAUGAGCCUGGGCAUCGAUGAUCCCGUGACAAGGGACAACUUUACCAGCAAUUCGGCUUACUUUAGCAGUUUAGCCCGUCAGAUCUGCGAGAUGCUGCUAGAUCCGAUUGAGGAGCAAGGAGGCAUGAUGUCCCUGGCCGACGUCUACUGCCGAGUGAAUCGUGCCCGUGGCUUGGAACUGCUUUCCCCUGAAGAUUUACUGCACGCCUGCGAGCAGCUCAGUGGUCCCAUACGCCUGCGCAGCUUUCCCAGUGGCGCCAGGGUGCUACAAUUGGAGUCCCAUGAUGAUGGCCUCAUAGCCGUAGACACGCUGGAGAAGGUGGAGGCUGCCGAAUCGCUGGCUGUGGAGGAACUGGCCAAGCAACUGGGCAUCUCCCUGCUGCUGGCCAAGGAGCGUUUGCUGGUGGCCGAGCGUUUGGGCAAACUGUGUCGCGAUGAGUCGGUGGAGGGGCUACGAUUCUAUCCCAAUCUGCUGCUGAAUCGGGAAUAAUUUAACUGUGAAUGUACUUGUUACUAGAUAUGCUUAACAAUUAUUACUUUUAUGUAAAAAAGUAUUGUUUUUUUGACUAUUA